GCAUGCCACGGCGGAAGCUCACACGGCGGAGGGCCAGCGAGUGGCAGCAGCGGUGGAUCUUACAGGGCAAGCCCAUGCCAUGGCCGAGUUCAAGGUGGACUGCCUCUGGGACACCUGGGUGGAUUGGAGCGUCUGCCAGUUCUCCUGCGGAGGAGGAGAAUCGGUUCGCACCCGAAAGGUGAAGGUCAUGGCCACGGGGAACGGGGCUGCUUGCGACACCAAUGACAGAGAAACGCGGGUUUGCAACAAGAAUCCCUGUCCUUUGGAUUGCAUGUGGGACGAGUGGUCUCCCUGGGGCGUUUGCUCUGUGACCUGUGGACUCGGUACCAAGACGAAAACGCGAGAGAAGAAACAGUACCAGCAAUAUGGAGGUGCCACUUGUGUGGGCCACUGGUCACUUGCGACUGACUGCGAGGAGUGGGGCCGGAGAGUUGAGAGAGUUUGUGCUGUGGAUUGCAAAUGGAGUGACUGGGGAGACUGGGAAGGAAUGACACUGGCCACCAGGCUGUUCCAAGUCCUGUGGCACUGGCGCUUCGUCGAGAUACCGAACGUAUGCCCAAGUCAAAAACGCCUUCGGGGAGGAUUGCCGGGGGUCCCAGAGUUCGGUACUGGAGAGAACUUCCAAACUGAGAAGUGCGGAAUGAACUCCUGCCCUGUGGACUGCGUCAUGGAAGAUUGGGGCGCCUGGGAACCCUGCGAUGUCACCUGUGGCACUGGUGCCACCCGUCGAUCUCGGAAGGUGCUAACGCAUCCCACCUAUGGGGGAGAAACCUGUGGCCCAACCACUGAGGAAGUGUCUGAUUGGUCUCAGUGGAGCGAUUGCAGCCUGACGUGUAGCUCGGAGAAUUCCAUUGGAGUCUCUAAGCGAACCCGCAAGGUCGUCCAAGACAACAAUGCCCUCGGUAAUGCUUGUGAUGGCGACUUGGAGCAGACCAUUGGAUGCAGCAGGAUGCAAUGCCCCGUUGACUGCAAGCUGUCCGAGUGGAGCCAGUGGUCUGAGUGCAGUACAUCCUGUGGCCCAGGCAUUUCCGAGCGGGAGCGUUCCAUGUCAACUCCAGCUCAGUACGGUGGAAGAGACUGUGCGGAGGAGUCAUACCAGAAGAAGUAUUGCACCAGCGACAUUUGCCCAGUGGAUUGUCAGUGGGCUGACUGGCAGGAUUGGCGCGGGUGUUCCACGACCUGUGCCAACGGCACCAGCUACCGCAUGCGCUUGGUGCAGACUCCAAUGCUUCAUGGUGGCAGGGAGUGUGCUGGAGGUAGUCAGCAAAACCGAGCCUGCAACGCGGCUUUUUGCCCCAUCCACUGCCAGUGGGAUGAAUGGACCCAAUGGAGUCAAUGCAGUACCACCUGCGGGGAUGGCUCCCUCAGCCGCAGCCGGGAAAUCAAGGUUCACCCGCUCUAUGGUGGCAACGCCUGCAAUGGAACUAGCACCGACACCACCAGCUGUGAUCAAGCGGGCUGCCCAGUCCAAUGCCAAUGGUCAGAGUGGUCGGCUUAUGGAAGCUGUACAUCAUCCUGUGGUACAGGACAGCACUCCCGAACCCGGGAAAAGACGGUCUUGGCUCAGAAUGGGGGUGCAGACUGUACUGGUGAUGGUAAGGAAACAGAGGCAUGUCCAGACCUACCAGCCUGCCCCGUAGAUUGUGAGUGGGAUGAUUGGUCUCAGUGGGAGAGCUGCUCCACGACUUGUGGCAAAGGCAGUAUGAAGAGAAGCCGAAUCCGAAAGGUCUACGAGAAAGAUGGCGGACACACGUGCUACGGAUAUGAGGACGAUGAGAAGGUCUGUGAGUCCGACCCGUGUCCAGUGGACUGUUUGUUGGGCAGCUGGACCAAAUGGUCUGAAUGCUCAUCCAGUUGUGGCGGUGGGGUAGAGCUGCGAACCCGACAAAUCCUGGUGGUGGCGGCCCAUGGAGGUGUUGCCUGCAAUACCAGCGACCUGCUGCAGAGCACAGCAUGUGAGGAGGUAUCCUGCCCUAUCCACUGCGUAUGGGGACAUUGGAGCGAAUGGAGCACAUGCACCAAAGAAUGUGAAGGAGGUGUGACCUAUCGCCACCGCUCGGAAGUGAUUGUGGCCGAGUAUGGAGGCAAACAGUGUGAAGGUUCAGCUGAUGAGGAGAUGGUUUGCAAUGCCCACGGCUGUCCGGUGGACUGCAAAUUUGGCGAUUGGUCCGAGUGGAGCGACUGCUCAAAGAGCUGUGACUCCGGGAACAGGACAGCAGGCCGGCCACUGAUUACAGCUCCGCAGUGGGGCGGCCAGCCCUGUGAUGGAGGCAUCAUGAAGAGUGAGUAUUGCAAUGAGCAGCCAUGCCCAGAGGAUUGCACCUGGGGCGACUGGUCUCACUAUUCGGUUUGCUCCAAAACCUGUGGAGGGGGCGAGAUGCUUCGCACCCGGCCACGUAUUGGGCAGAUGUAUGGGGGCAGCCCCUGCGAUGGCAACGAUACGGACUCCACACCUUGCAACACCCGGGGCUGUCCUCAAGAUUGUGAAUGGGGGCCAUGGUCUGCAUGGACAGGCUGCUCCAAGGAGUGUGGAGGUGGCUCCAUCAAGAGGUUCAGAGAGGUGAUCGUGGAGAAGGACUUUGGGGGUGAUCCAUGUUUCGGCUCCAAUGCCCAAGAGGCCGGCUGCAAUUUUGACGUGUGCACCAUCAAUUGUGAGUGGAACGACUGGGAGCUCUGGAGCCCAUGUAGCAAGAGCUGCAAUGGUGGAACUCGCACGAAACUGCGCAACAAGAAAUGGGAAUCCUCCAAUGGUGGAUUGCCCUGCCUGGGUAAUGCCACGGACAUGGAGAAGUGCAACACCGAUCCAUGUCCCGUCGACUGCACCUUCGAGUUAUGGGAGAGUUGGGGUGAAUGCUCCACCAGUUGUGGCAUGGGAUCCCGCUUCCGCACACGGGUGAAGAAGGAGGAAUUGUAUGGAGGAGCGCCAUGUCAAGAUGUGAUGUGGGAGGUGGGUGAAUGCAACAACCCAGAGUCACCCAACUGCCCGAAGCCUACAACGAGUACCACCACCUCAUUGGCAGUGCUGCAGCUUCCAGAGGGUCAAUUGGCCUGGAGCCAUCUGCACAAUGUCUGGGAGCCGCAGGCCAGCCGUGGACCUUUGGCUGUACCUUCCCAUGAGGUGCUGUCCAAGACCUUCACAGAGAGCAAAGAUCCCAGCUACAAGGGCAAGGCCUACAAGCCCUGCAAAGCUGGAGAGCUGAACAAGACUCUUGAGGCCUUCGAGAGCAUGAAGAAGCAAGGUGGUGACUUAAAUGCCUCAGAAGCAGAUGCAGUGAAAGUCAUUGAUGAACUCAUCAGCAACAUGUCUGGGGCAGCACCAGAUGCGCAGAAUCUGGGCCUUGACGCUGCGCAGGCGGCCAAGGCCUUCGAUAUCAACAACCUCACGGUGGUUGCGAAGAGCCAACCCGAUACCGACUCCUCGAAAGACUUUGCGGAUGCCUUUGAGGCUAGUGCGAACAAAUUGAAGGAUGGAAAGGACGUGGUAGCUGAAGUAGCCGGUGAUUUGGGGCUUGAUGUCAUUGAGGCCGACGAGUUCGUUGCAAACAAGAAUGUGACCGUGGCCAUGGAGAAAGCCAUUGCAGUCCUCGCCGGUGCAAAGGCGUCGGAUGUCAAGGUGGACAUCACCAUCCCUCAGGGCAUGCUUUUGUCGACCUGGCAGCGGAAAGUGAAGGGGAACGUGGCCCUGCUGCAUGCAGAUCUGUUGAGGAAGGUCUUCCAGACUUCGGGGGAGCCACUGCACUGCAGUCACAGUGAAGCCAAGGACAUUGACACGGUCACCACGGAGGUCCGAGACCAGGCUGUGAGCCUAAGCGUGACGGUCUUACCAGUGACCACCGAUGGCAACAUCGAUGUGCUAGGCGCCAGUGUCGAUGCCCUGACAAAUGCAUCUAUUGAGGAUGCUGUGCCCACGGCGGUUACGGACGGCAAGGCCAAGGCAACUACUGAAGGUGCUAUGGUGGAAACGGCGCAGAAGCAGGCCAUCAGCGGUUUGGAGUACCAGGGGGUGGAAACAAAGAGAGGCAAAGCUCCACAGCCCAGUUUCAAAGGCGCCUUGGCCUUUGUGGAGCAGAGAAGGAAGCUGGAGACUUUGCCAAGCAGCAUUGAGGAACAAGGUGAUCGGGCAGAGCGGGUGCAGAGGGUGCGAAAUCAGCAGCCCGACACCUCGCCAUUGGCUCCAUCGGUGUCCUUUGGCAUCAAAGAUGGAGGCGAAAUUCCAGAAGCUACGAAUGGCAAGUGCCCUGUGGAGCCUGUUCUGAGCACAAUUGGCGAAAGAUUCGCCCAGCCGGACAGAUCAGACGGUCACAACCCACAGAGGGUGGAUCCCUUGGUGGAUCCCUUGGCUGUCGUCUCACAACUAAGG